CACCCAAUCGAUCCUCUUCGAUCAGUUCAGUUUGUCAGCGUCUGUUGUCUUGAUAACGUUCUCAUUUACAUAUUGUUUUAUUCAACUAAGCGAUUCUGCUUGUGCAUCAAAACUCAUCGAUAUACAUAUAUACGUACUUUCAAAAAAAAAAAUCGAAAUACUUUCUUUAUUGCUGUUUUGGUUAAAGUUUAGUGCGUCGUCAAUCGAUAAUCCCACUUGUUCGCUUAGUUUUGUGCUGCAUCACGUAAUACAUAACGUUGUAACUGGUGUAAAAUUGUCCAAUUCGAAAAGGUGUAUUGUCUUCGUUUAAACGAAAAAAAUAUUGAAAUCGUAUUUUAUAAUUUGUCAAAAGUAAAACGCUGCCGUCUUAUAUGCUAUAUACAUCUAUAUAAUAUAUAUAUAUACAAUAACGUAUUGCAUUCGUUCUUUACUUUUCUGUCGUGUUACGUCACUUAUCGUAACGUAUUGUCUUCAGCGUUUUGCAGUCGUGUUUAAUCGCUUUAAUAUCUGCCGUUGAUUUGUGCCGAAAAUCAAAAACAAUAAUUUUUAAAACAUUUGGAUCCAUUGAUAGCGCUUUAUUGUGGGCUUAACUGUGUUUGGUGUUACCCGAAAAGAAAAAGAAAACACAAAAAGCGAACUGCAAAAAAUCAAAACUCUCUAAGAUCGCUUAUAUACGUACAUUUAUAUAUAUAUCUUACUAGUAAACUUGUAUAGUUUUGUAUCAUAUGCAAAAGCAAACGCGAGCGAAUUUCUGAAAAUUUUACAAAUAAACGAACUUCAAAGAAGUUGUGCGCACACAAAGGACAACGGAAAACCGUUAUUAAGAAAAACUGAAAAUAAAACUUGUCGAGAGUGGAUAGUAGUGAGUUUAAGACUCGUGCUAGUAUACAUUUUAAGGAGCUUAUUAAGCCUUUAAAAGCUUUUGGCGCUACGCUUUUGAGCAAAUUUCGACUGCUCGAUUUGAUUUGCGUUAACAUUUUGUUGUUGUAUGAGCUAUCGGCCAACGUGCAAUAAAUACAAAAGUGAAAGCAGAAAUACUAGCAACAGCUAUCCAACGCAAACGUCACAUUGUCCGUUGGAGGCUACACGUAUAAGCGUCGCCUGCCGUUACGACAGACGCAAAACACAAAAAUUGAGAAUCGCAGCAAAGCGUUAACAUAAUGUUAAGUUCGCUCGAUGCUUUAGCCGGUAAAAUUUCACCUGGUUCUGGCAAGAAUAGUCCGUCCCAGCAGGCACAGUCGCAGCAGCAGCAGCAGCAGCCGCUCGGUUUCCAUAUCAAUCAAACGUCCGAGACGAAUAUUGCGCAACUACAACAACAACAACAGCAGCAACAACAAUCCGCCAACCAAUUGCAGGCAACACAUUUGCCCGCAACAAGAGAACAGCAACAGCAGCCACAACAACAACAACAGCAACGCUACAAUGGCAAUCAUUAUAAUGGACUGGACAACAAUUGCAAUAAAUUAUGCCACAUCAAUCACAACAGCAUACACCCAUAUCAGAAACAGCUGUCGAGUCAACAUAGCCAACAACAAUUGCAACAGCCAACUAUAUCGCCAACGCAACAGCAACAGUUGCAAAGCUAUUGUCAGCAACAGCAACAGCAACAAUUGCAACAACAGCAACAUGAGUUGUUUCAACAACAGCUGUUGCAACAACAGAAAUCACUGCUGCUACAACAGCAACAACAAAUGCCGGAGGAAUCCGAAUCACAGCAGGACUUUCGCAGUUGCCUGAAGGAGAAUGCAUUUGGCAUGAGUGAUAAAAGCAGCACCACCACUAGCCUUCCCAAUAGUCCGAUUCAUACAUCUACACCGGGCAACAACAAUGGCUGCAACAAUAGUUCAUCGCUACUCAAUAAUAGUAAUAGCAAUAGCAGCACAGGUCUUGUCAAUGGCGGCAACAACAACAAUAACAAUGGCCCACCAAGUUUAUGUAAUGGCAAUAACAACAACAAUACGUGCAGCGCCAAUCGGAAUGUUGUCGACAACGAAUCAUCAUGCUUCCGCAUGGACGCCGACAUGCCCUUCGGUGAGAAGGAACCCGAUCCAGACAAUAUCAAAAUGUUUGUUGGCCAAGUGCCAAAAUCCAUGGAUGAGGCACAAUUGCGUGAGAUGUUCGAGGAGUAUGGUCCAGUGCAUUCGAUAAAUGUGCUACGCGAUAAGGCGACUGGAAUCAGUAAAGGUUGCUGUUUCGUGACAUUUUAUACUCGUCGCGCUGCCUUAAAAGCUCAAGAUGCCCUGCACAAUGUGAAAACCUUAAAUGGGAUGUAUCAUCCCAUUCAGAUGAAGCCCGCGGAUAGCGAAAAUCGAAAUGAACGGAAGCUUUUCGUUGGAAUGCUCAAUAAGAAACUGAACGAGAACGACGUACGCAAAUUAUUCGAAGUUCACGGCGCCAUCGAAGAGUGCACGGUCUUGCGGGAUCAGAACGGACAGAGUAAAGGGUGUGCCUUUGUUACAUUUGCCACUAAACACGCGGCGAUAUCAGCGAUAAAAGUGACUUUGAACCAAAACAAGACAAUGGAUGGUUGCACAUCGCCACUGGUUGUGAAAUUUGCCGAUACGCAAAAGGAGAAGGAGCAAAAGAAGAUCCAGCAAAUACAGGCGAAUCUCUGGAAUCUGGCAUCGAACAUAAAUAUACCGUUGGGUCAGACCGCCACUACCGUUUCAACGCCCAUACUGCCGAAUCCGCCACAACAGGCGAGUCCGGUGUUGGGCGCCGAUGCCAUUACACCGGCCUCACUGCAAUUGCUGCAACAGUUGCAGGCGGUCGGCCUGCAGCAGCAAAUUUUGCAAGGUUUGGGCGCUCAGGCGAGUUCUGCGGAAACGGCCGCGGCAACGGCUGCUGCCGCCGCAGCUGGAUUACUACCACCGAUGACGGUACAAAACUUGGCCGCUAUUGCGGCGAUGACGCAACCCUCACUCGCCAAUGCUGCCACCAAUCCGGGCAGCGCGCAACUGACAAACACAGCGGCUCUCUUAUGGACCGAUCCGAAUCCAUUAGCAUCUGCGUACAUGUCAACGGCCGCCGGCUUGCCACAAUUCAGCAGCACCGCUUUAUCGACUUCGCCACUGGCCAGCGUGGCAUUGAGCAGCGCCGCAGCAGCAGCGGCCGGCAAACAAAUCGAAGGUCCCGAAGGUUGUAACUUAUUCAUCUACCAUCUGCCGCAAGAAUUCACCGACACCGAUUUGGCAUCGACUUUCCUGCCAUUUGGCAAUGUCAUCUCUGCCAAAGUCUUCAUCGACAAGCAAACCAAUCUCUCCAAAUGUUUCGGCUUUGUCUCCUUCGAUAAUCCCGAAUCAGCGCAAGUAGCCAUUAAAGCGAUGAACGGCUUCCAAGUCGGCACCAAACGUUUAAAGGUGCAGCUGAAGAAGCCUAAAGAUGCAUCAAAGCCAUAUUAGGGACAACGCGACAGCGAGUCGCAACGCGAAGUUGGCUGCAGCAAAGAUGAACAGUAUGCAGAAGAGCGGCACUUAAGAGAGUGGAACGGAGCUAACGAGUUGAAGUCAAGAAUUGAAGAAUUGUGGUGAAUAAAAGAGAGAGAUAGUGAAUAACAUUUUGAACUAACUGGAUUGAUGUCGACAAGCUGUUGUACAGCAACACAAACAAACAAAGGCUGUAUGCUGUGGUGGUGUUGGGGAAUACUGUUGGUGUGGGAGGUAGGAACACAUGCAAAGCAACUGUUAAACAGCUGCUAUUGACACACGCACAAACACACACACAUACUUAACAACACACACACACAUGCUUACUUUACUCAAAUGUCAGGCGUUCGUGUAACUGCUUGAAUUAUGGCCAAUUUGUUUUUGAAUUAAUGUGUAUUAUCUGGAAGCUUAGCUUUAACUGUACACAAUGUUUUUUCUUUUUCACUAUUUUUUUGUAGUUUUAACAGUUUUGCUUACAAAGCAAAUAAAAACAAAUUAAAAAUAUUAUAACAUUAUAAUAUUAUGAAUAUAUACAUAUAUUAUAUAUUACUGAAUUUUAUGUUGAAUUGUUAAUAUAAAACCAAAAAAAUAUUUUUGUUUAUUAUCUAUAUUGGAUUUAGUUUCUAAGUUAUCUGUAGCUAUAGCUUGUUUGAAGUUCUCACUACACGAAUUUGUUGUAAGCUUAUCAAAUUAUGGAAACAAAAUACCAUAGAAAUUUUACGACGUUGAAUUGAGUUGUUAACUGUUGCCCACAGGCUUCUUGUAAUUUCAUUUUUUUAUCUUAUCUUAUAUAUAACUGCACAUUUGUUACAUAACAUAUAAACGAACAACGAAUUUUCAUAUUUUGUACGGACAGAAUGUUAAUAAAUUUUACAUUGUCUUAUGUUGUAUAGCCGAUAUUUGAAUUGCAUUCACUAUGACUAGGAGUAAGUGUCGCUGCAAAAACAACAAAUGCGCUUAACCACAUUUUAAGCUUAAAGCUAUGCUUUUACAUGCAUAUUUACAAAGAGUUAGCGCAAGUGAAAUAUGUGCUCAUGGAGAAGAAUGCAUAUAUAUAUAUAUAUUUUCAAGUAUGUGAAUAAAAGUACAGCUGUAUAUACUGUACUUAUGCAAACCCAUUGUCACAAAGUUAUAUCAAUAAAUGUGAAAAUUUGUGCACAAAUCUUUCUAAAGGCACAUUUUGUGAAUUUAAAAUAUUUAAAAGGCUUUACAACAACAUAUUUUAUACAUAUUUCACUAAAAAAUAUAUACUAUACGUAUUUUUCUUUGUACAUGAAACAUUAAUGUCGUAAAAAUUUGAUACUUCUGUGACAAAAUUGCACGAUUAUGUUUCAAACACAAAUGUUUCGCAAAUAGUGUUAGUUAAAGCGUUUGGUUGACAAGCUUUUAAGUAUAAUUUUUUUUAUCUUUUAUUAAAAUGCGCACAUACAUGCAGAAUAUGUAAGCAAAUAUGUAAAGACCUGGCAGGAAAGAUUCCAAAAUAAUUAAAAAAUAAAUUUAACAUUUUUUUAAUUAACAAUUUUUUUUCUAUCUCUAUACAUACAUACAUGCAUAUAAUUAAUAAAACAAAAUUUAAUUGGACAAUACUUUUUUUAUAAAAAAAUUUGUUUUGAGUACUAAAAUAUAAGGUUGUCAAAUAUCUCCCUUCCGCUUCUUUUGAAUUUCGCGGCUAUGUACAAAGCGCUACAGAGCUCGUAUCUGGCAACACUGUCUUGACAUAACCUACAAAACAACGCUAUGCAUGAUUAGUUUGGAUAUUGCGUUCAACAGUUAUAGACGUGUAAACAUGGAGUUCACUAACGCCGAAAUUCGCGCUAUUUUAAAGUUUUCCUUCGUUAAAGGCAAAUCCGCUAGAGAAACGUUCCGUGAGAUUAAUGGUGUUUUGGGGGAUGGUACUCUAUCACUUCGAACCGCGGAGGAAUGGUUUCGACGAUUUAUAUCAAUUCCUUUAGUCAGAAAGAAUUUUGUUAAAAAAAUCCCAUAUAUUUUUUUAAUUAAUUUUAAAAUAUUAAAUUUUAUUGCUCAUUUAAAAAAAAUUAAUAAGUUUAGUUUUUAAAACUUUUUUUAAAAUUGUUUCAAAUAUUUUUUUUUUACAGUAAUAUUAAUUGGUAAAUAAUAUUUAAUAUAUGUAUGUAAUUAUAUAGAGUAAAGCGCGAUAAGGUUCUUGUAAAAAAAUUUUUUUUGCAGAGAUUCGAAAUAUAUUAAUUACAAAAAAAAAAUAUUAUAAAUAUUACUUUGCAUUAUAUAUAUUGUAACAAAAGACCGCUUUUAUAUUUGUGUAAAGAAAAAAAAAUUUGCUUACUUUUUAAAUUGAUUAAAGAUAUGUAUGUAUGUAUAUACAAUAGUUUAUUUUUUUUAAAUAAAUUAAAAAUAUUUUUUUAAUUAAUUAACAAAUAUUAUUUGAUACUUUAUGAAAAAAAAUUAAUAAUAAACUACUUUAGCGGCAAUUAUUAGGUUAAACUGCAAUGUAUCAUACAUGUUCUUCAAUUUCCUACUGGGUUUUUCCUCACACACACACGUAUGGUAUAAGCAUGUAUGUGCUCUACAACUUUGUAAUACAACGUUAAAUAAAUUUCGUUAUACGCUUUUCAUUUAUACAUAUACUGUUUAUGUAUUUACUAGAACGUUAAUUCGUUAUUUAUGCUCUUUUUUCUCUCAUUUUACAUGGCAAUUACAAUAUAAAACACACACAUACAUAUAUAUGCACAUUUACUUGUAAGUCCUAUUUUUUCAAUAUAUUUGAAACUGCUUUGUUAAUGCAUUAUCUAUCUAUAUAUAUAUAUAUGAUUAUUAUAAUUACUAUUGCUGAAUUUCUUUGUUCUUUGUAAAAUGAAAUCACGCGCCUCUCAUUACGUUUCGGGGGCGUGCUUACACCGAUUAUGCAACUACAUAUAUUCUUGUAUUUUAUAUCAAUAAAGCUUUGUUUCUGUUUGAAAUUUCUGUAUAAA